AUGAGGGUGAUACGGGCUGUGGCUACGCUUAAUAGCGGCCGCACUGUCGGACCGAGCCAUGGCGUCCGUUAUUUCAGCCUGGGCUGUCGCGCCGCCAUCAACACGACGUCGUCGCGAGUGGCCCCAGCACUGCCAACGCUGCUUGGGAACCGCCGCCACUUCAGCAUCACCAACUACAGGACGGCUGCUAUCAGCGCCGCCGAAGAUGCUCUCCGGCAAGCAAAAGAGCUCGCGGCGAAGAUGUCGCCCGAGGCGGCGGCUGCCCGUAUGACCCCCGAAGAAAUAAAGCGGCUAUCCCAGGUCCGGAAUAUUGGCAUUGCAGCACACAUCGACAGUGGCAAGACUACCGUGACGGAGCGCAUCCUGUACUAUACCGGGCGAGUUAAGGCGAUCCACGAGGUUCGAGGCCGUGACGGCGUCGGCGCCAAGAUGGACUCGAUGGAGCUCGAAAGGGAGAGAGGCAUUACGAUCCAGUCCGCUGCUACCUUUGCGGACUGGAUUAAGAAGGAGGACGACAAGGACGAGACAUACCACAUCAACCUGAUUGACACCCCAGGACAUAUCGACUUCACCAUCGAGGUCGAGAGAGCGAUGCGAGUGCUAGAUGGUGCUGUGAUGGUCCUCUGUGCCGUCAGCGGCGUGCAGAGUCAGACUAUCACUGUCGACAGGCAGAUGAAGCGGUACGACGUCCCGCGGAUCAGCUUCGUGAACAAGAUGGACCGCAUGGGAGCGAACCCGUUCAAGGCGGUAGAGCAGAUCAACAAUAAGCUCAAGAUCCCCGCCGCAGCGAUCCAGAUCCCCAUUGGCGUGGAGAAGGAGUUUGAGGGCGUCGUCGACCUGAUCGAGAUGAGGGCCAUCCGGAAUGACGGACAGCGGGGCAUCAACGUCAAGGUCUCCAAGGAAAUCCCAGCCGAGCUCAAGGAGCUUGCGGAGGAGAAACGGCAGGAGCUGAUCGAAAAGCUGGCCGACGUGGACGACGAGAUGGCAGAGAUGUUUCUGGACGAGAAGGUUCCCACCAACCUACAGAUCAAAGCGGCAAUUCGAAGGGCAACCAUUGCGCGAAAGUUCACACCCGUGCUGAUGGGGUCUGCGCUUGCCGACAAGGCUGUCCAGCCCAUGCUGGAUGCCGUCUGCGACUAUCUUCCGAACCCGUCCAACAUCACAAACAUGGCCCUUGACCUCUCGAAAGGCGAGGCGCCCGUGGAGCUCGUCCCCUACAACUCGAUGCCCUUUGUCGGCCUCGCCUUCAAGCUGGAAGAGAACCCCUACGGCCAGGUCACCUACUUGCGCGUCUACCAGGGGUCUCUCAAGAAGGGCACCUACCUCUUCAACUCGCGCACCAACAAGAAGGUCCGCAUCCCGCGUAUCGUGCGCAUGCACUCCAACGAGAUGGAGGACGUCGCUGAAAUUGGAGCCGGCGAGAUUUGCGCCGUCUUUGGCGUAGAAUGCGCGUCGGGUGACACAUUUACCGAUGGCCGCCUGCCCUACGGCAUGAGCUCCAUGUUCGUCCCCGAUGCCGUCAUGUCGCUCAGCAUCAAGCCUAAGCGGAGCAGCGACGCCGAUGGCUUCAGCAAAGCCAUGAACCGCUUCAUGCGGGAAGACCCUACCUUCAGACUGCACGUCGACGAGGAGUCUGAAGAGACUAUCAUCAGUGGCAUGGGCGAACUCCACCUGGACAUUUAUGUCGAGCGCCUGCGCCGCGAGUACAAGGUCGAUUGCGAGACCGGGCAGCCGCGCGUUGCCUACCGGGAAACCAUCAACACCCGCACAGAAUUCGACUACCUGCUGAAGCGCCAGUCCGGCGGCCCCGGCGACUAUGCCCGUGUUUUGGGCUGGAUCGGGCCGAAUGAGGAGAAUCGCGAGGACAACAAGUUCGAGACUAAGGUGGUCGGCGGCACCAUCCCAGACAAGUUCCUAUCUGCCUGCGGCAAGGGCUUUGAGGAGGUCUGCCAGAGGGGCCCGCUCCUGGGCCACAAAGUUAUCGGCGCACACAUGGUGGUCACGGACGGCGCAACGCACGUCACCGACUCUAGUGACUAUGCCUUCAACCUAGCAACGCAGAUGGCCUUCAAGAAGGCCUUCGAUGACGCCGGGGGCCAGGUUCUCGAGCCUCUGAUGAAGACAACCAUUACGGCCCCCGUCGAGUUCCAGGGCAACAUUCUCAUGCUGAUGAACAAGCGCGGCACAAUCGUGGACACCGAAGUCGGCGCCGACGAUUUCACAAUGGUUGCUGACUGCAGCCUUAACGCCAUGUUCGGCUUCAGCUCGCACCUGCGGGCCGCCACACAGGGCAAGGGCGAGUUUAGCAUGGAGUUUAGCCACUAUGCCGCAGCGCCGCCACAUCUGCAGAAAGAGCUCGUUUCCAAAUACCAGAAGGAACUGGAGGCGAAGCGAAACAAGUAA